AUCCCUUCCACUGUAUUUGUUGGCACUCUCGCGAGGCUUCUCAAAAUGAAACUCCCAAGGCUGCAGCGCAAAAUAAGUCGUUUAGGGUUGGCUAACGAAGCCCCUUACGAUCAUGUACUUACGUCUGAUUAUGCCGCACUUUUGGUUGAAGAAUUUGGGUGUAAUGCGAUUGUAGAUGAUGAAGCAGCGUUUGACCUUCACCCACCGCCAGCGACCCCAGAUUCAAAAAGAUUAUCUCCACGGCCUCCCAUCGUGACUAUCAUGGGCCACGUCGAUCAUGGUAAAACUACGCUGCUUGACACACUGCGUUCCGCAUCCGUGGCCAAGGGCGAGGCUGGCGGUAUCACUCAACACAUAGGGGCUUUUUCUGUGCCAGUUCCAUCCGUAAACGGAGGUAAUACAGAUGGGCCACAAUCCAUCACCUUUCUUGACACUCCAGGUCAUGCUGCUUUUUCGGCCAUGCGCGCACGAGGCGCCGGAGUGACGGACAUCGUUGUUCUUGUCGUUGCAGCAGAUGACGGUAUCAUGCCUCAAACAAAAGAAGUUAUCGGGCUCAUAAAGCAAGACCAGGGCAAAAUCGGUUUGGUAGUUGCGAUCAAUAAAGUCGAUAAACCUGACGCAGAUGUCGAAUCCGUACAACGAGCUCUCUUAGCAGAAGGUAUUCAACUGGAAGCUUAUGGUGGCGAUAUUCCAUCUGUGCGGGUGUCAGGUUUGACUGGUGAAGGGCUUCCCGAUCUUGUUGAAACCCUAUCCGCAGUCGCGGAAAUGCAAGAUUUGUCUGCAGAGACUGAUGGAAACUCGUUUGGCCAUGUUUUAGAAUCGAAGGUUCAGAAAGGGCUUGGCCCCGUUGCGACAGUUCUGGUUCUCCGUGGUUCCUUGAAAAUAGGUGCUCACAUCAUUGGAGGUUUGAGCCAGGGCAAGGUUCGACUGAUGUCCGACUCGGCUGGCGCAACUGUCAAGGUGGCCACUCCCGGAAUGGCAGUCAGUGUUUCUGGUUGGAAGACCCUUCCAAAAGCGGGCGAUGAAGUAAUAGAGGCCAGCGAGGCAGACGUGAAAAAAGCUUUAGCAAAUCGCAUUCGCAAGGCAGAGAUGGAUGCUGUUCUCAAUGAUGUUGACGCCAUCAAUGAAACGAGACGGCAAGAUAAAGAGCGUCGAAAGGAAGAGCCACUAUUGGUCCAAGAGACCGUUACUGGUCCCAAGCAGUUGAGAAUCAUCAUCAAGGCCGACGUCAGCGGCAGUGCAGAGGCGGUUGAAGGCGCCCUACAAUGUAUAGGCAACAAGGUUGUAGCCACAAAGAUUCUGUCAUCAGGCGUUGGCGAUAUAUCUGAGUCCGAUGUGAUGAUUGCGAAAGCGUCAGAGGCAACCAUCGUUGGCUUCUCCGUCUCAACUCCCCGCAGCAUAGAAACGCUUGCAGCUCAGAAUGGCGUCCCAAUUUGCUCCUCAAACAUUAUAUACCGGCUAGUGGAGGACAUCCGGGCUCGCGUCACCGCCUUAUUACCCGUUACUGUUGAGACAAAGGUGACGGGGGAAGCUACAGUUCUUCAGCUUUUCGACAUUCAACUUAAGGCCAAGCAAAUAAAGAAAAUAGCUGGAUGUCGUGUUACCAAUGGUCUUGUGGAAAAAAGCAAAUUCGCUCGCAUUGUUCGAGGUGGAAAAAUGAUCCAUGAAGGAUCCCUGGACACUUUACGUCAACUCAAGAAGGAUGUCGUGGAAGUGCGCAAAGGCAUUGAAUGCGGUCUGUGCUUCUGCGGUUUUACCGACAUUCGGGAAGGCGAUCUAAUUCAGAUGUUCGACAAAAUAGAGAAGCCC